AUGUCAGUAGGUAGGACUAUAUCAAUGCUACUCUACGAAUAUUUGUGGAUAUUAAAGGUUUGUGCACUCGAGUCACGUCUUGGAACACGCCAACUAUCAGAAAAAUUGCAAAGAAAACUAUGCGAAGAAAUUGGUGUCGCAUUUGGAACAAUUCAAAAUGAGCGACAGAAAUUUGCUCAGGAAGUCGUCAAUGAAGAAAGAAAAAUGGUUGAAGAGGUGGUAAAAUCAGAAAACGAACCUCAGUAUGAAACAAUGUGUGGAAUAGGCGAUGAAGUGUUUACUACCAAAAAAGAAGGCGAAAAGAGUGUCCCUAAACCGGCUCGAGGUCUGCCUUCUGAAAAACCCGUCGAAGAUGACCAUUAUGAGAAUGUAUCGAAACGUCCAACGACUGCACCAAUACAGCAAAUUGAGAUUAAAGCACCAGCAGUUGGCGGUAUGGCAGACGAAGCAGAUCCAAAGUAUCAAACACUUAUUGGCAUGGACAACGAAAAAAUUUUUGCUGAGAAAAAAGCACCAGCAGUAGGCGGUAUAGUGGAUCAAGCAGAUCCAGCUUAUCAAACACUUACUGGUAUGGAAAAUGCAAAAGUUUUUCAAGAAAAAGUUCAAAAAGGAACAAAAGAAGACAACUGA